AUGUUGCCACUGCCCAUCCAGCAAGGCAGCACCAAAGUCGGUGCUGUCGCCUACUUUCUCGCUGGAGUGUCUGUUUUUGUUGCCACUGUCUUGUCUUUGUACUCUAUGUUUUUGCAUCUUAAAAACUAUCGACGGCCUGACUUGCAGCGUCUGAUUAUCCGUAUUUUGUGGAUGGUACCUAUUUAUGGUGUUGCUUCAUUCGUUAGUCUGUCAUCCAAGUACACGUCGCACUAUAUCGACACAAUUCGUGAUGUUUACGAGGCUUUUGUGAUAUAUUCGUUUUUCACUCUUUUAAUCAACUAUCUCGGCGGAGAGCGUGCACUUCUUUCACUACUACAAGAACGAUUACGUAUUCACCAUCUUUGGCCAUUCAACUAUUGUUUUCUUCCCAUGGAUAUGAGUGAUCCACAAACAUUUUUGUUUAUUCGUCGAGGUGUACUUCAGUUUGUUAUUCUUAAACCACUUUUGGCCAUCCUCAUUAUGAUUCUCAAAGUAUCAGGACACUACGAAGAAGGAUACGUUGCAUGGGAGAGUUCAUAUCUAUAUCUGUCGUUUGCAUAUAACCUCAGUGUUUGCUGUAGCAUGUACUGCCUAGUUUUGUUUUAUGUGCAAUGCUCCAACGAUCUUGAACCGUACAGACCCAUGCCAAAAUUUAUAUGUGUCAAGGCUAUUAUUUUCCUUACAUUCUGGCAAGGUUUGAUUGUGGCAAUGUUAGUUGCUGUCGGAGCAAUUAGUGGUUCUGAUCAAGACAAGGAAUAUUCGGCAAAUAAUAUUGCACUUGCUUUACAAGAUACCAUACUUUGUUUUGAGAUGCCAUUUUUUGCUUGGCUGCACUUUUAUGCAUUUCCUUGGACCGACUAUGAUGAU